GGGGACGGUGGGGUUGGCAGGGUCUCUAAUACCCAGCUUCGCCGGAGGAAACUCGGGGGAGAGAGCGCCGCUUCCCCGCCAUGGACCCGUGGGGGGGCCCCGCGCCCCUGUGGGGCCGCCGCCGCGGGGCCCGGCUGCUGCUGCUGCUGCUGACCGUGCGCCUGGGCAGCGGAGCUGAUAAAGCAGACGAUGAAGAUGAUGAAGAUCUAACUGUGAAUAAAACAUGGGUCCUUGCACCAAAGAUUCAUGGUGGGGAUGUGACUCACAUACUGGACUCAUUACUUCAAGGAUAUGACAAUAAGCUUCGCCCAGAUAUUGGGGUGAGAACUACGGUAAUUGAAACAGAUGUCUAUGUUAACAGCAUUGGCCCGGUUGACCCAAUCAAUAUGGAAUACACCAUAGAUAUAAUUUUUGCCCAGACUUGGUAUGACAGUCGUCUAAAAUUUAACAGCUCAAUGAAAGUGCUUAUGCUUAAUAGCAAUAUGGUUGGAAAAAUUUGGAUUCCAGACACCUUCUUCCGGAACUCAAGAAAAUCUGAUGCUCACUGGAUUACAACUCCAAAUCGUUUGCUUCGGAUCUGGAGUGAUGGACGGGUAUUAUACACUUUGAGGCUGACAAUUAAUGCUGAAUGUUAUCUUCAGCUUCAUAACUUUCCCAUGGAUGAACAUUCCUGUCCACUGGAGUUUUCAAGCUAUGGAUAUCCUAGAAAUGAAAUUGAAUACAAAUGGAAGAAAACCUCUGUUGAAGUAGCAGAUCCAAAAUACUGGAGAUUAUAUCAGUUUGCGUUUGUUGGCUUACGAAACACAACUGAAAUUUCUCAUACCCUGUCUGGUGAUUACAUUAUUAUGACAAUCUUCUUUGAUCUGAGCAGACGUAUGGGAUAUUUUACUAUCCAGACAUACAUUCCUUGUAUACUGACAGUUGUUCUUUCAUGGGUGUCAUUUUGGAUCAAUAAAGAUGCGGUUCCUGCAAGGACAUCUCUGGGUAUUACGACAGUGUUGACCAUGACGACGCUGAGUACAAUUGCUAGGAAGUCGCUCCCAAAGGUUUCUUAUGUGACAGCAAUGGACCUCUUUGUUUCAGUUUGCUUCAUUUUUGUGUUUGCUGCCUUGAUGGAAUAUGGCACUUUGCAUUACUUUACCAGCAACAGAAAAGGGGACAAAGGAAAAGAGAAGAAGGCAAAAUCCAAGCCAUCAAAACCACCUGCAAUUGCUGUUCGACCCGGAUCAACACUAAUUCCAAUUAAUAACAUUAAUCAUCUACCUGAACGUGAUGAUGAUUAUGGAUAUGAGUGCCUAGAAGGGAAAGACUGUGCUAGCUUCUUCUGUUGUUUUGAAGACUGCCGCACAGGAUCUUGGAGAGAAGGAAGGAUACACAUCCGUAUUGCAAAAAUUGACUCCUAUUCUCGAAUCUUCUUUCCAACUGCCUUUGCAUUGUUCAAUCUUGUUUAUUGGAUUGGCUAUCUUUAUCUAUAAAUUUCAGAGGUUUGACAAACUCAGAAAAAGGCUAACUCAUCAUCGAUUCUUACAACUUAUUGAACAGUCAACGAUAGAGCUGGUCCCAAGUCACUAAAAUUGUCUGGAUGCAUUAAAAAUUUGAAACAAAGGGGGGAAAUAUGGUGAUCCCUCUUGUUAUCAAUUAUAGAACUGAUCUUUUUAGUUUUGAAGAGAAAAUUUUAAAAUAAAUGCCUGUAAGAUUCAACUUAUCUGAACAGACACCCAUUUUCGUCCAGUUCUAACAAAAUGCAGAGACAAGAGGCUACAUUUUUGAAAUGGACAGUUCCACAUAACCUUUCAAUUUUAUUCCUAAAUGAUAAAGCAGAUAAAUUUUGUAGCAUCUCUUACACCUUAACAAAGAAAGCCUUAGUAAAAUGGGAUUAGUUAUUCUCAUCCGUUUCUUCUAUAAGGUGACGAUUUUUAUGAAUUCCUGAUAUUAAAAAGUCAAAAUGAAAUGUUUCUAUUUUUCAGCUAGCCAUUUGUCCUCUGCAGUAUGUUAAAGCGUGAUUAAGUCACAGUUAAUCCCAUUCAGAUUUAUACAAAGUCAUGAGAUGAGAGCAGCAAGAAAUGGGUAUAUCACAAAAACACACGGGCAAUUCUGAGCUUGUCUUAUCCUGACCAUUUAUGUAGGCUUUUGGCUUUCAGCCUUAGAUUACAUUUAUGUCUGUGCGCCAUCUGCAAUUACUUCACUGUUGUGAGUUCACCAAAGUUCUCCAAUAGGGCUACAACCUUCCAAGCUCCUAACUAGCUGCUGUGGCCUGGCACAGCUCUGCUAAUUUCAUGGAAACCAGACUGAUGUUGGCUAACUGAGGUUGAGCACAAUGCUUUUUCACCUCCUCCCCGUUCUCCUCUCCUUAGUCUGAUUCAUACUCAGGGUCAUAGAAAACAUUUUGUUCAGUAGAAUUUGUGUCACUGGAGUUUGGAAAAACUCUGACAAUGUUAUAAUCAUUAUAUUCAAACCCAGCAGGUUGGAUCUCCAACCUUCAGGGUAAAAAGUGUAUGGCCUGCUCCGCUUUGCAUACAGUAUGAUUUUUGCAGAUUCUGCUUGUUUCUGCGUAUGCCACUUAGCCAAAUCCAAGUGGUAUGAAUUUACUGAACCUGUGUUAUGGAUUGAUUUGUAAUAAUUCCUUCAUAUUUGUUUGUUUUUAAUAGCAAAUCCCUGUUACAGAGGAAAAAAAAUCAUUAUGUAUUGCAGAUCAUUAUCCAAAAUGGGAUGUAGUCCCAAAAAUCCAUAGGACCAGUUCUCCAGCCUCUGUAUAGUCAGAGCUUCUGUUCAUUUUGGUAGCUAUUCUUCAGUAGUAGUCUUUCUCGAUUGACUUCUCUAUGUGUUGACUGUUGCUGGCUGGCAGUAUUUAGUAUCUCAUUUCUAUUUUUAAAUCCAUUGUCUUCAUUAUGGGAAAGUGCAGUCACUCCUCCUUUCUCAGAAAGAAACUGGUCUCAAGUGAGCUUGCAAAAAUCACUGUAAAAUUAAGAUAUGCAUUAAGUAAAAGUCAGAACUACAGAGAAGACCUUACAGAUCUUUAAAGGGGAUUAAUGGGAUUAGCAUUUGGCUCUAGGUGAGGAUGCUCAGUACUGGAGAUAAAGACAUGAUUAAUGGCUAAUAACAGAAAAUGAUAUGUGAAAGACCCUUCCCUCCUGCAGUGUUUCUGCUGCAUGUACUCUCUCCUCUGAAUUUGUCUCAGAAAAGAUUAAUGUAUCUUCAUAUGCUAGUUGGUACCAGACACAAUUAGAUUUGAUAUGCAAUACAAAUUUCAGGUGAAUUUCUACUACAGCAUUCAGCCCCACAGUUUAAUAAAGUAUGCAAGACUAUAUGCAGUGAUUCUGGAAGACAGUGUGAUGAAGAAGAUCCCAUUUUAAUGCAAACUUUAUUUCAGUAUUUAGCUGAUAAAAUAUGAAAGUGGUCGAGAGAAUUUGAAAAUCUGCUGUUGAGGCUGGCAGACGGUAUCUGUUGUGUGACCUUUCUGAGCUACAACUUCUGAUUGUUAGACUGAGGGUAAAAGGAAGGCAUCCCUAACAGCACUGCUGUACUAUACUUUAUUGUUUCUUUAGAGUCUCAUUUUCAGAAAAUAUUCCGUACCAUAGAAAUGUGUCAGUUUUAAUUCCAUAGUGUAGUUCGAUGCUUUUUGACAGCGCACUAAACACAUUUCUCAGUAGGAGGCAUGAAAGUGUCUUCAGUAGUAUGUUGGGUGUGUUUUUGAAGAGCAAGUCUACUUGCUCUAUGAUGCAAGGCCCAAUUGUAUGAGCUCCUGAGCUUCAUUAGCUCACCUUUAAGCAAAUGGAACUUGAAAGAACUUGGCACUUCACAAGGGGAAACACAGAUUUCACAGCCUGCUCUCCUCUGGCACAUCUAGUUAGCCUUUUCUAUUCAUUUGGUUGUCAGCUGCCAAUCAGCCUCCAGUGACUGAACUGAAGAACAGAAAACAUCCUGAAUUGGCAAGGGAUGGAUAAGAAGUCUUUCAUCUCUGAUUUCUAUGAAACAAUGUAAUGGAAUAUUAAAGCUAUUGAAUUUUAUGGCUCUUUGGCUUACGAAUAUGCUUGCUUCUGUCUGUUGACAAACUUUUCUGUGUAUGUCAUUUGUUUUUGAUGGAAUCAUUUCAGUUUCCCAUAGUACUGUAAGUGCAAAUACAAAUGAGAAUGCAGCAAACUGUAACUUGGCAUGUAAUAAAUGUAUUAUUUUAGCCCUAUGUGUUUUCUUCCUAAUCUGCAUGUAGACACUUGAUUCCAAGAAAUCUUAGUGAUAUUCAUGGGAAAAAAAAAAAAAAAAAAGGCAAGAAACAGAUACUCUGGUUACCUAGGCUUAAAUGCUGCAAUUAUUUUUCAAAUGUAUGUUGAUAGAAGAUUUCAUUUACUGAUAGCUGGGAUCACGGUAUUUGGAGUCAUAUUAUUCUGGCCAUUAGUGCUUAAGCACAUGCUUAAACCUAUUCCUAAUCAGUACUGUAAUUAGGCCAGAAUUCAGGAAAGCAUGUGCUUAUGUACUGUCAUAAAGAGUGAUGCUAUGCUGAAUUGGUGCCAUUAACUCAUGCUUAAUUUGCACUAAUUUCAAUAAUGAGUGUUCAGUAGCUCAAAUUAUUGAGCACUAAGGAUGUGAGCCAAAGCCUAUUCAGUAAAAAGUUUUUGCAUUGAAAGAAAGGCACAUAGGAUGAGAAGUUGCCAUAGAGGUGGGGAGGUGAGAAACAGGUCUGGAAAAAUUGCUUUGAACUACCUAUCUUGGGGGUCUCCUGAAAUGUAUUUUCCAAAACAGACACCUUUUCCUAGAUAUUUUUGUGUUUGUGGUGACCAUUUGUCUGUUUUAGUAGUGAGUACAGCUCAGUGUGCUAUUUUUUUCAGUAAGGUUUUGUCUGUGAUUGUACCUUACUAAGCUUCAGUGCAUAUCUUCCACAUCUGUUUCGUGUAGUGGCAGAAUCCAUAGCAUGAAUUCUAAGUAAUGUGUUUUUUAUACGUGUGUUGAUGUGCUUCAAAGGCUUUAACCUUAUCCAGCUUUCUGACAUUCAGAGACAUAGGACUGUGUAAGAUUUUGAAGGAGAAUCACCUCCAACAGGGUUUUUAUAAUUAUCUGUUGCUUAUUUGAUAUGAUAGUAAAAUAUUUGUUUGCACCUGGUAUAGGAAAUGUGUUUUGUAAUUUGUGAGCGCCUUUGCUGUUUUAGUUGAAAAGCCCAACAGAAGGAGUCUGGGUUUAAAUGUAUAUAUCUGCAUAAAGUAAGAUAAAUUCAGUUUAACUGUAUCAGUCAUCAUCUCAGUUUACUUUGUUUCCACAAACCUGAGAAUUCAUGCAAAUAAGUCUAAUUUACAUUUCUAAAAUCAUUGUUAAUUUAAUUCUUUUAACUAUUCUUUCAAUUCAUUGUAAUUCUCCUCAGCUUAGUUAUACACUAAAUGCAAUCUUUUGUUUUUGAAAUACCCUUUAAAACUGUAAUUUGUAGUGAUUAUAAUUGAUACAGUAAAGUUAAAAUAGAAGUCUACAGCUAAACUACAGUUUACUAGAAUACAAAACCAGAAAUUAGAAAGGACUGCUUUGCUUCUAUUUCUGAAAAACCUCGAUGUCCACAUGUCCCAGUGAGUAUAUCACAGGGGAGAUUGACUUGUGGGGAGAGGUGGAAGAUUCUCCAGGCUAUAGAAAAGGCCUCUGUGCUGGUCCACAUUAUAGACUUGUUACAAAAGUUGUUUAGUCUAGGAAGGAAGGUAUGGUUCUGUCCUUCCCUUUUCAGUGAUCCCUUGCUACUGCUUCAUUUGUGCCAGCUAUAGCAGUUUUGAGGCCAUGUGGCCAGCUGAAUCAAACCCUGAAAAUUUAUCAUUUAUUAUUAUGUUUUGUAAGCUAAGGUUUCAGCCAAAUGGGUCGGCUAAUCUGAUUGGCCAUGCAGCAGUAUGACCAUUGGUUCUGGUCCAAGAUAUGUGAUGGGAGCUUGCAGCUGGAGCCAGAAGGCUGGCUUCUGAUGAACAUACUUCAUUCAGCUGAGAAUCUGCACCUAAAGCUAGUAUGAGGGAGGGGGAAAGAUGGGGGAAGAAAAAUCACCUGGGGAACUGAUCCCAGCAUAUGAUUACACUGAUUUGAAUGACUUUUACUUAGUCACUGGGUUUCUCAAUGGCAUUUGUGAUAAUUCUUUUGAUUUCCCUGCAACAUAAUUGAAUUAGUCUUAGAAAGAAAAAGAAAAAAAGAAAUAAAAUACCAGGCAUUUCCUAUUAAUUACAGACUGAAUGAGCAACAGGCCAUUAUCUUGAAAGGUCAUUAUUCUGGUGAAAUUUCCUUCUUCAAGGAGGAAAAUCCUUACUGCUACCAAGGGUUUAAAUCAAAAUUAAAUCAGAAAAAGUUCUCUUUUUUUUUACUUUAAUUAUUAAUGAUAAAACUUUAAAAAAUUAUCUAAGCGUAUAAACGAGUAAAAUAGACACUGAGAAAGAGCUAGUACCCAGGUCUCUGCAUGUCUGUAGCACCCCAUGAGUGCUACAACAUUUGGGAAUGGAAUCUGGCCCAUUCUGCAUUCUUUCACUGACUCCCUCCCGUCUUCACCCAGAUGUGUCUUGUGUGGGUUGUGCCCAGUUCAGAAAACCUAAUGCUAAUGACUAGGGCAAUCAUUAAGGGAGUGGGGAAGGUGGAUAUGACCAUUUCGGGCAUGAACUUGGGUGUCCGACAUCCUCCAAGGAUGUUGGUAACAGUUGCUGGUUAAAAGGAAGGGUGUUUUCUGCCUGCUGGAUUGAUUUGAAACAGUGUCCCUGCUUUCCUUCAGAAGACUGAGCUGAGACUUCUACAUGAAGGGAAAAUCAUCCCUCUCUUGAAUGCUUAUCUAUGUGUAGAUGCAGGUUCAUGGACUUGGCUGUCCUCCUGUGAGGCACCUAAGUAUUCCCCAUAUGAGAUAGUGGGAGAGUUUUGAUUGCACUCUUGGGCAAGGUGCCUGAGCAAAACCCAGUGCUCAGUGUUGUGGAUUCAAAGUCCUGAUUCAGAUCUGAUAUGAUGUUAGUGAAAAGUUAGUAGUAUGUUGAAAGGCAGUGAGUACUGAACUUUCCAGGGGAUUUACUAGUAAAUCUCAGAGAGAAAACCAGAGCACUACAAAGGCUUUAGAGGAAAUUUCAGAUAGCUAGUUGAGGCAGAAGAUGAGCUAAAACUGAUAGACUGAAGGAUGCAGGCCUCAAGUCUUGGUGCCAGGCAGAAAGUCAGCAGUAUCUUGUUUCUAAAAAACCUAAACUUAUAUGGCAUUUUAAGAAAAAAAAAUCCAUAAAAUUCCCCAAACAAUCUCAUUCCCCUUCACAGUGACAAAUAUUGCUUCACCCAGCGAAUCUCUGCUAUGGUAGACCAAGAUAACUUGUGUUUUGUAAUAGCCCCACAAGGGAUGUAAGACAGGAGACCUAUAGACUGUUCCAGAUUGUUUUUUCUCUCCCUCCCUUUUCUUAGUCAAGAGUUUCAGAACUAUAAAAGGUGUGUGGCAUGUGAAAAUGAGCACAAUUUUCCUACCUGACAACAGGGCUCAGAUCCCACUAACUGAUAGGAUUGAUAGAGACAGAAGUCUGCUUUCAGUAAUAAGGCUUCUCCUUUGUAAUUCCUUUUCCAGCUCCUAGUAGUUGCUUUUCUAUUCAUUUCUGCAUGCCUACCUGAAACUGUGAGAUAAUUCAGGUUGGAGGUAAUUCGCCUGUAUUUCUGGCUUCUCAGAAUGAUCUUUGUCAUCAUGCUUUGAGCAUUACUGAAUUCAAACCUCUUCUAGUUUGCCUGGCCAGGCCUUGCAUGUGCGCCAUGUCUUGCCACCAAACUUUGAAAAAGUGAUUUUUAGUUGAUCGAGUGGAGGAGGCAGACUGGCUCCAUUAGGUAGCAUUAAGAUUGCUUUGUGAUUUGGACUUGAGAAGGUUAAGGGCUGUUAAAGCAGUGAUCAAUCCUGCUGCCACUUUAGAGAGCGUAUCACUGUCAAUUCACUAUUUAAAAACAAAAAUCAAAAACAGCUGCUGUGAGUGUAUUAGAUGUGGGAAGUGAAGAUUGAGUUGUCAUUUCACUGAGGAAAUAUAUUUCCCCUUGAGCAGGUUUUUCUCCUUAGGAAGAAGGUAGUCUUUCAUUUGUGAAACCUACAGAAAGCAGGUCACAGUCGUUUUAACCAGGUAAGGUCGUGUUUGUCCCUCUGCCCUGCUGACUGUAUAGGAGCAGCAGUAAUGAAGGGACUGGUGCCAUGGGUCAGAUUUUCCAAGUUAGGUAAAUGCAGAUGUUUGCAUAUUCAUAAGUCCAGUGUAAAAACACAAUCUCUGUUCACACAUUAGUCACUGGCAAAAUCAUAAUGGUUUGCACGUGUGUUUGUCUUCACAGCAUCAUCUGUUUUGCCACACUGCCCACCAUGAAUGCUUAGAAUUUUUGUGUGAACGUGAAGGCUGUGUUAUGAUACCUGUAAUUAUGGAUUAAAUUAUUAUAAAAUGUAAAUAUUUCCUUAAAUGAAACUAAGACAUUAGAAUCUGGCAUAGGUAGAUUGUGAUUCCUACUUUGAAAAAAUUCUAGUAUCUACUUAUCCUAUAAUUGCUGUUUCCAAAUAAAUAAUAAUGCUAUAGUCUGUAUUCCUCAUUCCUGAAGUUUUAUAAACAAUUACAGGUUAUGGUCUAAUGACUACAUUUACACAAAAUUCCUUCAAAGAUAGUACUUGUUAAUUUAUUAUAUUUUAGGUCUCAAUAUUUAUUGUAUUGAGGUUUCAUUAUUCUAGCUGCUUCAAAUGCACAUGUACGCUUAAUGAAAGUUUGUCUCAGCAUCUAUGUUUCACAUAUUGUUUCACUGAUACACUUACUGUAUUUGUCCCUUACCAAUGCAUCCUUUUUUCUUUUCAUUCUGUUUUUAAAAAUGCUGUAUUUGCUAACUACUUAAGCAAACAUUCUUAUAGUGCCUUUAAUUUGAUAGUGUUUUGGCACCAGUGGAUAAUGUUGCAACAUUGAGCAUCAUUCUUCCUUUUAACAGAUUACAUGAAAGCCCUUUUGGAUAACUAAUUAGUAAUAAAAAAAAUACAGGAUAUUCAGUAGAUUGUGUAAUUUUCAGAGUUGCUUCUAAGAAGUGUUCAUAUGUAGUUCGAAGAAAAUGGUAAGAUGUUACAUUACUAUGUGUGUUGCAACAAAUUUAACAUUUUUAAAUAAUAAUAAAAAAACAAACCCUCUGCACUGUACAGAGAAAAUAAAAUUCAGUAAUUUUAUUUUUAUCACCAUCAGUUCAGUGGGCUCACAAAAAGGUUUCCUCAUCCUUUAUGGAUGGAUACUUUUAUUGUCUAAACAUAUUAGACAAUAGAAUAAUACAGGGUUAGAUGUAAACAUAGCAGCUUUGGACAGUGGAAAUUUUGGGAACAGAUGUGAAUUCUGUUUUGACCUAUAGUACCUGCUAGGGAGAUCUCUUCUGUAUCACUGGAGUGGUACUUUUUAUACCUGCUGAAAAUUUACCUUGUUAUACAAGAUAUAUGUUGAUUUGUCAUUUUUUAACAUAUAAAAUACACAAGCAAUGCAAAUUUAUUUUUCCUUUAUUAGUUUUCCUCCCAGAAGCCUCCUUAGUUAGGCUAAUCUUGUUAUAAGUGUGCUGAUAUUUACAGUUCUACUCAGUUAUUUGGUACUUUUCCAAUAGCCUUGGUAUGCACUCAUCCAUUAUUACAUUCGAUUACAUGGAAAUGUCAAGGUAUCCUAGCAAGCUUUUAAUAUGAUUAAGCCAUGACUUCUUCAGCCUCUCAAAAAAUCAUAAUCUCUUGUAUACAAUGCCAAAACUACAGCAUUUGCAGGUAUCAAAUUGAAUAUGAUUUGAUUCUCCAUUUUGAUAGAGUAUGUCUGCCAGGUUAGAGUGAAACACUGAUAUCAUUCCAUUUUAAUAUUUGACAGCAUUAAUAAUGAACAUGGCUGAGCUAGAAGACUUCAGAGCUGGUAAACUGGUGAUGCUCUAAGCUAAACCCCAGACACCUGAAACUUUGGGAGUGUGGUAGAAGGGAAAUUGGUGAUAGCAAGGACAUGCAUAUAGAUUUCCAUAUGUAGACCAGACAGCAAGAUCUUAAAAUUGUUACAUAUACGUCAAUCUGAUUGUCAUUUUAAUAUGCUUUAGAAUGUUCUUUCUUACUUCACUGUGUGCUAGAAUAUUUUUUCCAGAAAAUCUAAGUUCUCUAUGUGACAAGAAAGGUCUAGGAAAACAGGACUAACAUUUGCACUGUUAGAAUGCAGAAGUGGUUCAGAAGCUUUGAAAUAGUUAUGGCUUCAUUGAUGGGUUUUGUGGAUACGUUUUCAAUUUCGUUUCCUUUUUAUUAAAGAAAAAAGAGAGAACACAAAUGGUCUGGUUGAAGAUAAGCAUUGAUAUUACUGAAGGUAAACAUGAAAAUUUGCUCUUUCGUGAAAAGUUAAUAUAUAAAUAGGAGUGAAUUUCCUCAGUGCUGAGGAAAUUGCUGUGAUUGCUUUCACAGAGUGGAUACAUUCUUUAUUGUCACAACUCUAUUGCUACCAUGGUAAAAGAUUGACUCAGAGGUUUAAAUUUUUAAGCAUACCAUUAUUUUUGGGGUGCUUCAUUUGUUAGUGUUCAGUUUAAGACAUCUGAGAAAGACCUGUUUUUCAGAAGGUGAGUGUUUAACCCUUUCUGAAAAGCAUCCCUUAAGCUUUCUGCAUUUAAAGUACACCAAAACCAAACAAACUAACUAGGUGUCACUGAUAACGCUUUAAAUAAGUAGAAAGUUUAGACUACUGUAGAAUAUUGUGGGAAGUUCAAAUAAGGUUCAAGACUAGACUUUUCUAGCGUUCUUUCUCUUUCUUGCCUUUUUUUUUUCUUUUUUUCUUUUUUUUUUUUAGAUCUGGGGAGAGAUAAAGGCAAAUGGAGGGAUUUCACCCUGUGUUUUCUGACAACAGUAUACCUCAUGUAGAGUAGUACAGCAUGUCCUAAAAGCUGAUUUUAGUCGAAUGCUCCGUUGAGACUUAUGACGAAAAUAAUAUUAACAAGCUCAGAAUGGAGGUGCUUGUGGCUCUCAUUAUGGGAGGGUGCUUUGCCGCUCAAGGCUUUGAAAACAGAAUUGCCAAAGUUUGUAGGAGAAAGCUGGGUUAUAAGGACUCCUACUUCUAGAAGAACAAUAAUCUCAGAAAUCUCUUGCCAAGAGCAGACUGAUAAUAUUUUGAAGAGUAGAUUUUACAGCUCAUGACUGUACUGUGAAUGUUAAUGUCUAUUGAAUUUUCAUAUAAAUGUUGCACUGGUCCUUGUGAAUCAAAUGGAAAUGUGCUUGCACCCUGGUGCCUGGUUUGUACCGAUGUCUGAGAUGUAGCCUGUAAUCUCCUAAAUGUAAAAACUUUGAAAGCCAUAGUAUAAAAAAAAAAAAAAAUUGAAUAACAUGUCUUCUGUGCAAACUGAACAGAUUAGUUGUUUGUGCUCUGAUGUCUCUUAAACUGAUAAGAAUCAAGCACUGAACUUUGUAAAGCAGUUGUAAUGCAUUCUGUUUUUACUGUAUGUGCUGUGAAGUUCAUUGGUUACACUGUGAAAAAUUAAAUAGUGCCUGGCUGUAUA